AUGUUCCGCGCCGCUCGCCGCGCCACGGUUCAACCCGCCGUCUCGCCAGUUUUUGGCCGCACUUUCGCCUCGGUUCGUGGCGCUGGUGACGAGAAGUCUAUCAACGUCGUCUCGUACUCCAAGUCCGGUCAGCGCGAGCAGGAGACCCUCGCUGUCCCUGCUACUAACGAGCCUGUCAACCCUCCUGGUCAGGACGUUGAGGUUGCUGCUCAGCCCCUCAAGCAUGAGUUGCUCCAGGCCCUUCCUCCCACUAUGCAGAAGUUCACCUUGUUUGGUCAAGUCGCUGUUAUUACCGGCGGUGGUCGCGGACUCGGUUACAACAUGGCUCAGGCCCUCUCUGAAGUUGGUGUGAAGGGCAUUGCCAUCUUCGAUGUCCAGCAAGAGCUUGGCGAGAAGUCUGCCCAGCAGCUCUCUGCUCAGACCGGUGUCGAUGUUCGCUUCUACAAGGUUGACGUCCGUGACGAGGCUGCCAUCCAGCAGGCUGUUCAGGACGUUGCUGCUCACUAUGGCCGCAUCGAUGUUCUCAUCAACGCUGCCGGCAUUGCCGACUCCAACGUCAAGGCUGAGACCUAUGAAUCUGAGAAGUUCCGCCGUCUCCUCGACAUCAACAUCACCGGCACCUUCCUCGUCGCUCAGGCUGUCGGUCAGCAGAUGAUCAAGCUCAAGAGCGGAGGUUCCAUGAUCAACAUCGCUUCCAUGUCCGGCACCAUCGUCAACUACCCUCAGGAGCAGUCCUGUUACAACGCUUCCAAGGCUGCUGUCAUUCAGCUCACCAAGUCCCUCGCUGCCGAGUGGGCUCGUUACAACAUCCGUGUCAACUCCAUCUCUCCUGGAUACAUGGAUACCGCUCUCAACCGUGUCCCUGCUCUUGACGCUCAGAAGCGCAUUUGGAUGGACAACACCCCCCAGAAGCGUCUCGGUGCUGUUGAUGAUCUCAACAACUUGGCUGUCUACCUCGCCUCGCCUGGUUCCAGCUACAUGACUGGCAACAACUGCCUCAUCGACGGGGGUUACACCCUCUGGUAA